AAAUAUAUAUAUAUACGUUUGGUCACAGUGUGCAUUUCACGAGACGAAAAAAGCCCAAAUUUGUCAUUCUUUUUAUUUUCUAUGGUUUCAUAUCCUCACCAGAGUACUUAUCUCUUCUUAUCAUCAAAAAGAGCUUCAGUUUGUUCUUUGGUACAGCACAAGAAACCUGAUGGUAGGAAUAAGUCAGGGGUUAGCAACGUAUAUGUAUUAAAGGUCAGUAGAGCAUAUUGCUCUUUAAAUGCUCAUAGACAACCUGCCAAGACGAUGAAACUGAGCAACUUUAUGUUGAGCUCAGCUUAUCCUCGAUAUAGUGCUCUUAAGCACGAAUACCACAAACAUUCUCAAAUAAUAAAGAUUUGCCAAGAGAUUGACGUUUGUAAAAAGCGACGAGGUGCUUGUAGGUCUAUCAUUAUGACAGUUUCUCUGUGUAGCCUAUCAUCGUUCAAAGUACCCCUCUGUUCCAUUCAUUCAAAAAAUAAAGACGUUAGAGCGUUUAACGACAAUUCAAACGCCAAUCCUUGUUAUAAGGGCUAGCCAAAAGGGAAAAGUUGAUUGCUACGUAUCAGCAACUGCACCGUGUAGUUCUUGCCAAUAGCAUUCAAAUUACCCCUAACGUUAGCAGAG